UCAAUGCGUUUAAUCAAGAUCAGUGCCAAAGACAAAUCCCAGGAGAGCAAGUCGUCCUCGCUAAUGCUUCCAAAUGGUUUUGCCAAGCUGAACGGUGAAAUGAAAUUGCCAGUUCUUGAGGAGAGAUCUCAGACAGCCUCAAUGGAGGACACUUCUGGUACUGAGUGGAAAAAAAGAAAUUACACAGCCUCGACCGAAACUUCUGAACGUAAUGCAAUCAAUUACUCAGACCUCAAUGGCAACGGGUCCAUGACAAGCCAAAACCAAUGUACUUGUCUCAAGGACAAUAUCGAAACUAUCCCCAGUGUCCAAAAGCCUUUGGCAAGCUUGGGCCUCCUAGGCCUCUGUUCUAAACGUCAGUCAGCCUCUCUCUCCGAUCUCCCGAGUCAAGUUGGAACUGUUCCAUCUUCAUCCAAGGGAAUGAUGGCGGCCUCUCAAUUAACCACUCUGCUUCUACGUAUCAACUCAAAACAGCCCCCAUCCUUGGAACAUUUCCAAGCCGCUGUGGUGGAUUACAAUGAUGGUGGAGGCGUCUUUUAUGAGAAGUCUGUGGACAGGAUCAUUGUGUUUGAUGAGUCUAAAAAGACCCUUUUCCCCAUCCCGGUCAGCAGUGCCCCUCAGAGGAAGAAGCAACCUAAUGGACAUAAGUUAUGCCAUGCAUGGGAAACAAAAUUGGGCCCCACUAAGCCCAGUGGAGAGUUCUCUCAAGAUUCCCACCUCUUACUUCGCCAAGAAAAGGUACCCAAGGUGGCAGCUCAUGCCGUAUCUCAAUGGCAAAAACGAUGUCGAAUGAGGCGACUCCAAAGGCGAAAAGAGAUGAUUGAGAAUGGAACCAGAAGGGCUCCCAUGAGUGCCAAUGCACCGGCCGCAGGGAAUAAUGCUGGAAUUGCAGCUCGUCGAUCACAAUUGAGACGUUGCCAGAGUUCCACAUCUAUGAUGCCAAAUUCGAAUCAUGCCUUCUCCAUUGGACAUCCGCACCCCACUCAAAACCAACCAGAGAGUGUAUCAAAAACGAAGCCCCCUCUGUUACGUGCUGCCUCCGAGAUGUCCAUGAUAAAUCACAAAAAGCCCAUGCUGCCCUUGGUCCCGCCGCCCAUGAAAGACUCGGAUACAGACAUUGAAGAAAAGAUUCUUCGUCGACGGGAAAUGGCCCACCUCUUUCAAUGGUAUUAUCCUGAAGGUGGUUGGGGCUGGGUGGUCUUGGCGUGUACCUCGUUGGCCAGAGCCCUGAGUCAGGGCUUCCAAUGGAGCUUCGCCUACCCCUUGGCCGAGCUAAUCCAGACACAAUUUGGAGGUGAGGACCGAGCGAUUGGUCCCAUUCAAAUGGGAGCGUUGGCAUCGACAUCAUUGGCAGUUUCGGCUUUGGCCUCUCCUUUCGUGGUCACCUUGUGCCAAACCCGUUCAACUCGAUUGAUGGCGGUCGUGGGUGGAUUGGUAAUGGCCUUGGGGAUUCUUUUCACAUCGUUUGCCAAAGAGUUUCAUCAACUUCUAUUCAGCUACGGCAUUGUGAUAGGCCUUGGUGUGGCCAUGAUUCGAGACAGUGGAACCAUCAUAUUAGGACACUACUUCCGUAAACGCCGGAGUCUGGUUGAGGUUGUCUACCUGUCUAGUCCUGGAUUAGGAUUGUCUGCAAUGAGUUGUCUCAUUGACCAUUUGUCAAGUUUGUAUUCAUGGAGGAUUGGUCUCCAAUUUGUGGCCCUCAUUAUGACCUCUAUCUGCAUUCUGGGUCUGUUCUACCGUUCGGCCAGUCUCUAUCACCCUCAAAGAAGGGCUAUACUUCAUCUGAAGAGCCAGAAACGGCGGAUCACCAUUCGCAAUGGACAUGGGUCCGGUGGGGAAACACUACCUUGGUCCCAACUUACCUCCCAUAAGAGGCGAUCGGUCCAAAUGAUCUUUGUGAGCUGUUUCCUAGGCUCUUUUGGCAUUUUCUACCCAAUGGUGUACCUGAACCAGUUGCAACACUCCAAGGAGGAUCCGCUCCAGAACCCAAUGAUCAAAUCAGACGCUCUAAAUGACCAAAUUCUCCUUGGCUUGGGGUUGAGUUUUGGAACUGUCCUCAGUGGCUAUCUUGGAUUGCGAAGAACCAAGGACUGCUUCAUCGGAAUGAUCUAUCUGAUUCAGACCAGCCUUUGUGUUCUCGGUCUGGUUCUUUAUGGUCUCACAUUCAAGAGUAGCGACUUGGGUCGUGGUCUUUUGAUCCUUUUGUACGGAGUAGUUCCAGGGGUCUUUUCCUAUGCCAUAAAAACUUACAUCCAAGAACGAGUCAAGACCAGGGAUUUCGGUCAAACGUGGAGCCUGAUUCAAGCCGUUGCUGCGCUACCGAUUGGAGUGGGCAUACCAUUGCUCUCGUGGGCCAAUGAGGGUACAACCGGUUACUUGGGAAAUCUCAUUGGAUCGGGAUUAGCUCUCUUGGCUUGCUUCGUUCUCGUGAUUGGCCACAAUUGUUCGAAGCAACGCCAAUCUUACGGCAGUGUGACCAUUCGCCACAAGAAGAUCCAGGCCAAUUUGGACGAAGAAUCUGACCUGCAAAGGCCUUUCACACCGGGAGAGUCCCACAGUGACCGCGACCUAUACGAGAAUGAGUACGAAGACGAUUACGAGUUUGACGAUGAAUACGUGAUUGAGCAGGUUUAUGACGAGAAGCAACACUAUGUUGUUGACGAUAACAUUACGUCUUGCAACAAGGUUGAGAAUGACCUGAUCUUCAGCGAGUUUGAGCAGAAUCUCUCCAAGGAAUCGGAAGAUAAAAGUGUGUCCUCAUCCUCAUCUUCUUCUCAAAACCUUCGCUACAAUGGCAAAUUUGCCAGACUUUGGACCCUGAGAAGGCAAAGUACCGAGGACUUUUCGUUAUCGGAUCGCAGUUCUUCCUCCAAUGGUCAAAAGGAGCCUUUUUUAACGAACAAAGCACUCAAAGAUGUCCCAAAAGAGAUUCCAACCUUCACGAGUUCGGUAGCAAGAGCCGCCAAAGGUCAUCCGGUACAAAAGCAACGCAGUAUUACCGUUAUUGAGGAAGUGUCGACGUCGUAAUAUUUUUUCAAUGUUCAAUUGAUUGAUGAUAGGUGAAGGUGAAUUUUCGGGCCUAGGGCAGUUUGCCAACUUCAAUCUUUAGGAACAAAAUAAAACAAGUGGGGUCCUCUGCAAUGCAUUUGAUCAUCAGUCAAAAAAAAAAAAAAACCAGUAAGCAUUUGGAACAAUUGUUGGCUGUCAUUUUCCCACUGAUUCGGAGGCGAAUAAAUGUACGCGAAUGCAAAUCGUUGGGCAUUUAUGGAAUCCAUUUGAUAGACGUCUCAAUAAUUUAACACAUGGGAACAUAGAUGUUCACAAUUUCAUGCACGAA